AUAGCAAUGGAAAACCUAACGGUAAUAAGAAAGAUAACUUCCGUGUGCAUGGCCUUACCUGUUGCCUUGUUCCUGCUAGACUCGGAUCGCACGCAGAAAGCCAUUGAGAUCUGCAGCGAAUGCUUGAUUUUGCUAAAUGAAACAAACCAGAACAGCACAGACCAAAUUAUUUCACUACUUUACAAAACCGUCUAUAAAGUUCUCUUCAACGCUUAUCGUCGUAUUUCUGACGAUAUAAAUGCGGAAAGAUGCGGCAGGAAACUACUUGUCUUAUGCAACGAGUCUAGUGCCUUACAAGAAGAAGGAGAUAUAAGCAUGGCCCUAGAAAAGUUAGUUGAGACUCAAAACAGAUUUCUGGAAGCCAAACAACUUUUUGAAAAAGCCGAUAGUAUAAAGAGAGAAACUGGUGAUAAAAUUGGAGAAGCAAACGCCUGUGCAAGAGUGGGAUUUUUCUUUCAAAAACUUGGCGAAUGGUUAAAAGCAAAAGAUAGUAUUGAGAGAGCCCUUGCCAUAAGAACCCAGAUUGGUGACAAAAAAGGGGAGGCAACCGACUAUGGAAACUUGGGUACUGUGUUUCAGUCGCUCGGGAAAUACGACAAGGCUAUAGAGUAUCUCGAAAAAGCACUUGUCAUUUGGACUGAAAUAGGCGACAGAGAAGGAGAAGCAGCUGACUACGGAAACCUAGGUAUUGUGUUUUACUCACUCGGGAAAUACGACAAGGCCAAAGAGUAUCACGAAAAAGCGCUUGUCAUCAGAAGUGAAAUUGGCCACAGACAAGGGCAGGCAGCUGAGUACGGAAACCUAGGUACUGUGUUUCAGUCGCUCGGGAAAUACGACGAUGCCAAAGAGUAUCUCGAAAAAGCACUUGUCAUCAGAACUGAAGUUGGCGACAGAAAAGGAGAGGCAAUCGAUUACGGAAACCUAGGCGCUGUGUUUCAGUCCGUCGGUAAAUACGGCAAGGCUAUAGAGUAUUACCAAAAAGCGCUUUUAAUCAGAACUGAAAUUGGCGACAGAAAAGGAGAAGCAGCCGACUACGGAAACUUAGGUACUGCAUUUUUGUCGCUCGGGAAAUACUACAAGGCUGAAGAGUAUCUCAAAAAAGCGCUUGUUAUCGCUACUCAAAUUAGUGAAAGAAGACUACAAGCAUCAUGCUAUGGAAACCUAGGUGUUAUGUUUACGUCGCUCGGUAAAUGCGACAAGGCCAAAGAGUAUCACGAAAAAGCGCUUGUCAUCAGAAGUGAAAUUGGCCACAGAGAAGGACAGGCAGCUGAGUAUGGAAACCUAGGCACUGUGUUUCAGUCGCUCGGGCGAUACGACAAGGCUAAAGAGUAUCUCGAAAAAGCGCUUGUCAUCAGAACUGAAAUUGGCGACAGAAAAGGAGAGGCAGAUGACUACGGAAAGCUAGGUGAUGUGUAUCAGUCGCUUGGGAAAUACGACAAGGCUAAAGAGUAUCUCAAAAAAGCGCUUGUCAUUAGAACUGAAAUUGGUGACAGAAAAGGAGAGGCAGACGCCUACGAAGACCCAGCUAUUGUGUUUCAGUCGCUUGGGAAAUACGACAAGGCUAAAGAGUAUCUCGAAAAAGCGCUUGUCAUUAGAACUGAAACUGGUGACGGAAAAGGAGAGGCAGACGAUUACGGAGAGCUAGGUGCUGUGUUUCACUCGCUCGGGAAAUACGACAAAGCUAAAGCGUAUCUCGAAAAAGCGUUUGUCAUCAGAAUUGAAAUUGGUGACAGAAAAGGAAAGGCAGACGAGUACAGAAAACUAGGUGUUGUGUUUCAGUCGCUUGGGAAAUACGACAAAGCUAAAGAGUAUCUCGAAAAAGGGCUUGUCAUCAGAACUGAAAUUGGGGACAGACGAGGAGAGGCAGCUGACUACGGAAACCUAGGUUUUGUGUUUCACUCGCUCGGGAAAUACGACAAAGCCAAAGAGUGUUACGAAAGAGCACUUGUCAUCAGAACUGAAAUUGGCGACAGAAAAGGAGAGGCAGACGACUACGGAAAGCUAGGUACUGUGUUUAAGUCGCUCGGAAAAUACGACAAGGCUAAAGAGUAUUACGAAAAAGGACUUGUCAUCAGAAGUGAAAUUGGCGACAGAAAAGGAGAGGCAGCUGACUGCGGAAACCUAGGCGCUGUGUUUCAGUCGCUCGGGAAAUACAGCAAGGCUAAAGAGUAUCUCGAAAAAGCGCUUGUCAUCAGAACUGAAAUUGGCGACAGAAAAGGAGAGGCAGACGAUUAUGGAAGGCUAGGUGUUGUGUGUUUCUCGCUUGGGAAAUACGACAAGGCCAAAGAGUAUUGCGAAAAAGCGCUUGUCAUCAGCAGUGAAACUGGAGACAAAAACGGAGAGGCAGCCGAUUACGAAAACCUAGGUACUGUGUUUCACUUGCAAGGGAAGUACGACAAGGCCAAAGAGUAUUACGAAAAAGCGCUUGGCAUUACAACUGAAAUUGGAUACAAGAAAGGAGAGGCAGACGAUUACGUAAAGCUAGGUGUUGUGUUUCAGUCGCUCGGAAAAUACAACAAGGCUUAAGAGUAUCUCGAAAAAGCGCUGGUCAUCACAACUGAAAUUGGCGACAGAAAAGGAGAAGCAGACGACUACGGAAAGCUAGGUGCUACG